AUGCGUCGCCUUUCGAGCGCCAGGGACAAGCUGUUCCGGUCUUCGUCCCGGACUUCAUCCCAGUCCAAGAAAUCCGAGAGCUCUCGUGGGCUGUCAUCGAGCACCUCUGGUCCCUCAUCGUACCCCGGGCCAAACAACUUCAGCGACGCCGCCCCGCCCGCCUACACACCUGCGUAUCAACCCGCACCCGCGCCCGUAUUUCUAUCGCCACCCUCGCAUGCACCCGUGCCCGUACCUUCACCUGUACCUGCACCCGCGCCCGCGCCUGCCGGUGUCUACGGAGGCGUCUCCGAUGGCGACCGCUACGCCAACUUGGCCAAUUUCGACACCAUCUUGCUCAUCGACGAUUCUGGAUCCAUGGCCGGCAGCCUCUGGAGAGAGGCGCAAGAUGCCCUGAAAUCCAUCGCCGAGAUUGUCACAAUGUACGACGAGGACGGCAUCGACAUGUACUUUUUGAACCACAAGUCUAGCCAGACACCCAGCGACAGGUACAAGGCCAAGGGCGGUUACUACAACGUAGCCAGAAAAGACGUGAUCGAGACGAUUUUUGGCAAUGUCAGCCCUUACGGUGCCACCUACACGGGCAGAAGAUUGGAACAAAUCCUCCUCCCUUACAUGAGAAAGUUGGCAUCAGCCAACGACGUUGACGAUGUCAAGCCCAUCAACCUGAUCGUCAUCACCGACGGUGCACCCUCCGACAACCCUGAGCAGGCCAUUCUGCAGGUUGCCAAAGCCCUCGAUCAGCAGGCCGCGCCAUCCUACCAAGUCGGCAUUCAGUUUUUCCAGAUUGGCUCAGACAGCUCCGCCACCAGUGCGCUACAACAACUAGACGAUGGCUUGGGUCGCUACGGCGUUCGGGAUAUAGUCGACACGGUGUCGUGUCAGUGGGAGGAUGCAGGAAGGCACCGUGCCAAGAGGCUCACGGGUGACGCCAUCCUGAAGGUUGUCUUGGGCGCCGUGGACAAGCGACUCGACGAGCAUCGACUCACCAACAAGAAGUAG